AUGGUAACUAAUGUAAGUUCUUUGCAAUCUGUACAGGGAGAUCGAGACUCCACGGCCAGCAAUGAAGGUGCGAACGUGGAGGAUAUGCUUCUCAGCAUGCUGGAUGAGCGUGAUCGAUUAAUGGAAGGUUUGCGGGAAGCACAAGAGCAGUUGAGUUUGACACGAGCACGUCUGACCGAAACAGAACGGGAACGCGAUAAACUGCAAAAUCAGCUUGCUUCCGCUAUGCCACCGGUAAGUUUAUUAUUAAACAUUCCACGGGCUUGA